AUGGUUACAAUCAUAUCAAUGUCACCAUUUAGUUUUCUAACGUGCCGAAAAUUUGCGCGUAGCAAGAAGAAAACAGUCGCAGUUGCAACUACAUUGCGGUCUAAUAAGAAGGUCCCCAGUCUAGUAGACAAGUGGAAGGCUGCAAAAGAGGAGUUACACGAGGAUGAUGAAGAUGAGCCCGAAAGUGCUUAUGAGAUGUUGGAGAAGAAGAAGCAAAGAGAAACAGAGGAAUGGCGUGCACGUCAAAUUGCCAGUGGAGAAGCUAAAGAUAAUGCUAAUUUUCAGCCUUUGGGUGGUGAUUGGCGUGAACGGGUGAAGCGCAAGAAAGCGCUAUCAAAGAAGGAAGCUGUGGAAACUGCAGCGCCUACGAAUGGAAAGCAGCAGCCCGAUUUAGUGGAACUUCUAAGGGAUCUACCGUCUGGAUGGCAGGCGUAUUGGGAUGUAUCCUCAAAAGAGGUUUAUUAUGGAAACACUAAUACGUCAGAGACUACCUGGAUCAGACCUACCGCCUAAGGCAUGCCAAUUAGCUUCCACAAUUUUGGAAGCUGUCAAGAAUUUCUGAUUUCCAGUUGUAAAAGACCCAUUUUUCUUUUUGAUACGUCGCCUAAA